AUGGCGACCACGUCGAAUAUGUUCCUUUAUUCGCUCACGGUCCAGCCUCCCUCCAAUGUUGUCCACGCCGUCCUGGGCCAGUUUGCGGGCACCAAGGAGCAGCUGAUCAUAUCUGGCGCCGGGUCCAGACUCACAUUGCUGCGGCCGGACUCGUCCCAGGGCAAGGUGCUGACCGUCCUCUCGCACGAUGUCUUUGGGAUCAUUCGGUCGCUCGCGGCAUUCAGGCUCGCGGGCAGCAACAAGGACUACCUGAUCGUCGCCACCGACUCGGGUCGCAUCACCAUCAUCGAGUAUCAGCCGGGGCCAAACCGCUUCCACCGCUUGCACCUGGAAACAUAUGGCAAGUCUGGCGUGCGCAGGGUGAUACCUGGCGAGUACCUGGCUUGCGAUCCAAAGGGGCGCGCUUGUCUCGUCGCGUCAGUAGAGAAGAACAAGCUUGUCUACGUGUUGAACCGCAACUCGCAGGCUGAGCUGACCAUCUCUUCGCCCCUCGAGGCCCACAAACCCAAUGUCCUCGUCAUCGCCAUGGUGGCUCUGGACGUCGGCUACGCCAAUCCCGUAUUCGCGGCUUUGGAGAUUGACUACUCGGAAGUGGACCAGGAUUCGACCGGUCAAGCCAUGCAGGAGGUUGAGACGCAGCUCGUGUACUACGAGCUCGACCUUGGGCUCAACCACGUUGUACGAAAAUGGUCGGAACCGGUCGAUCCCACGGCGUCGCUUCUUUUCCAAGUGCCCGGCGGCAACGACGGCCCCAGUGGCGUGCUCGUCUGUGGCGAGGAGAACAUCACAUAUCGUCACUCGAACCAAGAGGCCUUUCGCGUGCCGAUACCUCGCCGCAAGGGCGCGACCGAAGACCCCUCGCGGAAACGCACAAUCGUUUCGGGCGUCAUGCACAAGCUGAAAGGCAGUGCGGGCGCGUUCUUCUUCCUGCUCCAAACCGAAGAUGGCGACUUGCUCAAGGUCACCAUUGACAUGGUGGAGGACGAGGAUGGCAACCCGACAGGCGAGGUUCGCCGACUCAAGGUGAAAUACUUUGACACCGUUCCUGUGGCGUCGAAUCUGUGCAUCUUGAAGAGCGGGUUCCUCUACGUUGCGAGUCAAUUCGGCAACUACGGUUUCUACCAGUUCGAGAAGCUAGGCGAUGAUGACGACGAGCUCGAGUUCAGCAGCGAUGAUUAUCCAACAGAUCCUCAUGCUUCGUACGAGCCAGCCUACUUCUACCCUCGGCCCGCGGAAAAUCUGGCACUGGUUGAGAGCAUACCGGCAAUGAACCCCCUGACGGACUGCAAGGUCGCCAACGUGCUUGGCGAAGACGCCCCCCAGAUCUUCACGGUGUGUGGCAGCGGGGCGCGCAGUACCUUCAGGAUGCUCAAGCACGGUCUCGAGGUCAAUGAGAUUGUGGCCUCAGAGCUGCCUGGUGAACCAUCAGCGGUCUGGACAUUGAAGCGCCAUCGCGAUGAUCAGUACGAUGCGUACAUUGUGCUGUCAUUCUCCAACGGAACUCUGGUCUUGAGCAUCGGCGAGACUGUCGAGGAAGUGAGCGACUCGGGCUUCCUGACGAGCGUCCCCACGCUCGCCGCGCAGCUGCUCGGCGAAGAUGGCCUUAUCCAGGUGCAUCCCAAGGGAAUCCGCCACAUCCGCAGCGGACACGUUAACGAGUGGGCAGCACCACAGCACCGCUCCAUCGUGGCUGCGUCAACCAAUGCAAAUCAAGUGGCCAUCGCACUCAGCUCGGGUGAGAUCGUCUACUUCGAAAUGGACUCUGACGGCUCGUUGGCCGAGUACGACGAGAAGAAGGAGAUGUUUGGCACCGUCACCUGUCUGAGCUUGGGAGAGGUUCCUGAAGGCCGCCUUCGAAGUUCGUUCCUAGCCGUGGGUUGCGAUGACUUGACAGUCCGCAUCAUCAGCCUCGACCCAGAGACGACCUUGGAGAACAAGUCGGUGCAGGCCUUGACAGCAGCUCCAACGGCACUGUCCAUCAUGGCCAUGGAAGACUCGGCCUCGGGCGGCUCCACGCUAUACCUGCACAUUGGCCUGCACUCAGGUGUCUACCUGCGGACCGUGCUGGACGAGGUCACCGGCGAGCUGACGGACACUCGACAGAAGUUCCUCGGUCCCAAGGGCGUCAAGCUUUUCCAGGUCACUGUACAAAGGCAGACGUGCGUUCUGGCACUGAGCUCCCGGCCGUGGCUUGGGUACUCAGACCCCAUCACCAAGAACUUUGUGGUGACACCUCUCAACUACGUCGAUCUCGGCUGGGGCUGGAACUUCAGCAGCGAGCAGUGCGAAGAGGGUGUCGUCGGCAUCCAGGGGCAAUCCUUACGCAUCUUCUCCAUCGACCGACUGGGCGAACCAUUGAUUCAGUCAUCCGUCCCUUUGACAUACACCCCCAAGAAGCUCGUCAAGCAUCCCGAGCAGGCCUUUUUCUACACGAUAGAGGCAGACAACAACGUUCUCCCGCCCGAUCUAAGAGCACAGCUCCUGGCAGAUCCAGCCGCUGUGAACGGAGACGCCAAAGACCUGCCACCAGAGGACUUUGGUUAUCCACGAGGCAACCGCCGGUGGGCAUCGUGUAUCAGUGUCAUUGAUCCGGUGUCCGACACGCCGCAAGUCACGCAGACCAUCCAUCUCGAGAACAACGAGGCCGCCGUCAGCGUGGCUGUGGCACCGUUCGCAAGUCAAGACGCCGAGCACUUUUUGAUUGUUGGCACAGGCAAGGACAUGGUCAUGAACCCGCGGAGCUUUUCCGAGGGAUAUCUACACGUCUACCGGUUCGUUGAAGGCGGCAAGGAGCUCGAGUUCAUCCACAAGACCAAGAUGGACGAGCCUCCGCAAGUGCUACUACCGUUCCAGGGCAAGAUCCUUGCCGGCGUGGGCAAGACGCUCAGGCUGUACGAUCUUGGUCUGCGGCAGAUGCUGCGCAAAGCUCAGGCAGAGGUCGUCCCUCAGCAGAUCGUGUCACUCAACACACAAGGCAAUCGCAUCAUCGUCGGCGAUGUUCAGCAAGGCAUCACGUAUGUGGUGUACAAGCCUGCCACGAAUAAGCUCAUCCCUUAUGUCGAUGACACGCUGUCACGCUGGACCACGUGCUCGACAAUGGUGGAUUACGAGUCGGUGGCCGGCGGUGACAAGUUCGGCAACAUGUUCAUCGUGCGCAGCCCACAGAAGGCCAGCGAGGAGGCGGACGAGGAGCAGACCGGUCUGCAUCUCACCAACGCCCGCGAGUACUUGCACGGCACGUCCCACCGCCUGAAUCUCAUGUGUCACUUUUACACCCAAGACAUUCCCACCAGCAUCACCAAGACAAGCCUGGUGGUCGGUGGGCAAGACAUCCUGCUGUGGAGUGGUAUCAUGGGAACCAUUGGCGUCUUCAUCCCGUUCGUCAGCCGCGAAGACACCGACUUCUUCCAGAGCCUCGAGCAGCACCUGCGGACAGAGGAUCCGCCCCUGGCGGGACGCGACCACCUCAUGUACAGAGGGUACUACGCGCCUGUCAAGGGCGUGAUCGACGGCGACCUCUGUGAGAGAUACACCCUGCUGCCCAACGACAAGAAGCAAAUGAUUGCGGGAGAGCUCGAUCGCUCCGUCCGCGAGAUUGAGCGUAAAAUUUCGGACAUCCGCACGAGAUCUGCCUUUUAA